AUAUAUAAUAUUGAAAAGAAUAUUUUAUUUUACAAUUUGUACGUAUCGUCGCGUAGAGAAUGAUUGAAGAUUAAGAGAAAAUUGUAGGUUAGAGAAUUGUGCACGAACGAUUAUCACACCAUUUUACAAUAUUACUUUUGGAAUAAGACAAUCAAUUGAUCUGUAUAUUUGUAAAAUUCAUUUAUAAAUCUUUACUCGUUUCAAUGAUCAAUCUUAUUUCCGUUUUUACAAACUGAUAACUUGUAAAAUUUUGUUGAUAAUAUCACGAUCUAUAUCGUGAACGAACGAAAAGUAAACACAUUAUCUUAUCGAUCCUCGAAAAUAUAAAAUAAUGGAACGAACCGAUCGUUAAAAAAUGAAAUCUUUCUCGUCUCGUAUUUCCAAACAAAUAAAUGCUCGAUUUCUUAUACCGGUAAUAAUUCAACGCAAAAUACUCUCUUCCCACUAGUGUCAAUAAAAAGAAACAAAAACAAAAAAAGGACGGAGGAGAAAAAAUUCACCACCCAUUUCCCCCAAUCAAUAUUACCAAUCAACUUUAUCUCUACCAUCUAAAACUAACAAUUUCGAAAAUCCUUAAGAAAACGUGGCGAAACAUUUUCCAUACCGAUACUUGGAUCCGAAUGUGGAAGGAAAAGGAAAGGGAAAGGAAGGAAAAAAAAUUGGCACGAAAUGCUUGUGUCGAAGGUUAAAUUUAAAGAACUAAUAGAGGGAAGGAUUACGCCAUUGGCCAGCAACGUUUCCAAAGUUGCCCGUUUGGCGGCGAUAUGGGCGAACCGAUUCGGGAUCGUGGGCAACGAUUCCUCGUUAGCGAUCGAUGCGAAUCAGGCUGCGAGACGACGUCCACGUGUGGAAAGUGGCUCGGUUUCGAAGGUGACACGCUCGGAUGCUGAGAAAUGUCCCAGAAUAACCUGCUUCAAGGAUACAACUGGGAGACCCAGUACGAGGAUUCGCAGGUGCAAUUCACUCGUCCUAUCCCGGAUGAAGUCAUCAGCGUUUAUGAAGUUUACGUGAAAGAGGAAACUGCAGGUUCUGAAGGGAGGAACGAUGUCACCGUCGUACCGAGUUUGCCGUCCACAAAUGAUCAUCAAUUAAUUCAGGGUGAUUGCAUGAACCUAAAUGUGGCUAUAGAUUCUGAAGUAAUUAACAUUGACGGUGCUGUGACAAAGUUUCUCGGGAAAGAUGCUUUCAAAUAUAAAAUUCUCGAUCAAAAUGUUAAUUCGUCCAACGACAACGUUAUGGUGUACUCGCAUCCAGUUGUCGAAGGACCUUCGUCGUCUUCCACUCGACUGAUCGAUAAAGAUGAUCCAAGAUCGAAACUUCAUUUCGUGAAAUAUUUGAAGCGAGAUGGAAAGACGUUGAAAAUCUGGGAAUGCGGAAUUUGUUCGAAGGAGUUCCGGCAUCAGUACACGUUGAUGAGGCAUUUGCCAACGCACACCGACGAGAGAAACUUUAAAUGCGAGGCUUGCGGCAAAGCUUUCCGGCAGUUGUCGACUCUGAGCCAGCACAAGGCGAUACACAGCGACGCCAGGCCAUACGUUUGUGAAUUUUGUAAGAAAACUUUCAACAGAGUGUCUACACUGAUUUCACACCGGAAAACCCAUUCGGAACACAAACCACAUAAGUGUCAGGUUUGUGGGAAAGGAUUUCAUCAAAAAGGCAAUUUGAGGAACCACGUGUUUACCCACACGAACGAGAGGCCGUACAAAUGCGAGCUUUGUGGCAAAGGGUUCAAUCAAAUGUCGAAUUUGGUCUGCCACAAGGUCAAAGCUCAUGCACACGCGGAGAAAAUGCAGCACGUGUGCGGAAUCUGCGGCAAAGAGUUCCCGCGCCGAUUCUCUUUGAGAUCGCACGAAGAGUACAAGCAUGGGAUAAAGUAUCGACAUCCGGCCGGUGUGCAGACCGGAAUCAACGAUCCGAACGUCAUAAGAAACAAGAACGUGAGGAUCGUGCAGCUGCCCAACGGAGAUCGAAAUCAAACUAUCGAAGUCAGGGACAAGGAUCCUUUGAUGUGUUCAGAUGUGAUGGAAUCGGUGGUGAUAGAUAAAAUCGACACGAAGGCGAUGGAAAUGGCAUUGAUCGAGGGACAAACGCCAUUCGCUUUGUUCAAACCAGCCAAAGGAAUUCCUGUCCUGGUGAAAGUCUCUCCAACUGGGACUCAUAAAAAUAUCUUGACACCUGCCACUGCUGAAGAUUUACGCAUGGCGGGCAAGAUGAGCCUAAGUCCGACGAUUACCGCUGAUCCUGACAGGAUUAAAGCGGUACAAGUGAAGGUACCAGUGGUAGCCACGGUUAUCCAGAGCAUUGACUCUGAUGGAAAAAUGAAUUUCAUUGUCGAACCGCCUGGACCUGAGAACGAACACGAGAGCUUGGUCACGGCAUUGGAUUCUCAGUUCACGUACACCGAGCCGGCCAGAAACGAGCCAGAUCGCCAAAAUGGCCCUGUUGUGUCCUCGGCGAUGGAGGAUUGCAACGAGCUGCUGGAACUGGCCGCCCAGGGUGGAAUACAGUUCGUGCGCGCGACAGAGGACGGUCGUUACGAGGUGAUGACGAACAGCGAGGCUCGCGAUCUGAUGGCACAGAAUUCACACGACGUGACCAUUCUUGAGGGUGAGGAAGCGGAUGCGAUCAAUGUUGUGAAUAUGCGCGGCAACGGGGAAGUUAUUAUCGGGGAUUCCGAUAAUCAGAUCAUGGUGCUCGAUUCCGCAUCGACGCAGAAAUCUAUGCCGAUGGACGGCAUUGAGAUACUGGAGGACAAGGAUAUCCGGAUAUUGGACAGCAAAAGCCUCGACGACCGUUUCGUGGAUGGCAUUAGCUUCCUCUCGCAAUCGAAGAUCGACGAUCUGAUUUUGGGUCCGAAACCUUUGUCCAUCGAUGGUGGUGUAACUGUCAACGACCACGAGGACGAGGCCAUAGGGGUGCCUUCGAGUCAACAAGAGUUGACGAACAUCCUCAGCCACAGAAGCGAUAUUUCGACGCUGUCGACCACAUCUCAGCCCUCGAUAUCGUCCCUGUUAAUGAAAAAUCACCCACCCUUGUCGAUUUUGAACGAUACGCUUCCGUAUCUGAAAAGCAACACCAGCUUAGCCGAAGAUCUCAAUAUUCUAGGUAGUUCGACGAUGGACGAUCAUCAUUCCGUGUACGAGUCCAAGAUAAAAUUACCUUCCGUUUUUGACGAUCCUGAACCAGACACUGGUCUGAUACCCAUCAAUCAAUCGGAUAUGAAGAUACUCGGAUCGGCAACUUCGAAUAAGGUCCUUGGCGGCAAGACAAAUUGUCUACCGCCAUCGAAAUUGUUCCCCGGCCUGAACGAGGUGAAGAUCCUGGGUCCGAAGAACCACAGCCAAGAGAUCAUGACUUCGCAGUAUCAGGAUAUAAAGUUACUCAGCCCUUACGAACAGUUUUUGAAGAACACCGCCUCGAACACGAACGGAUGCGACAGCGGCGGAGUGAACACUUCCGGUGGGUGUAGGAAGGAGGUGAAGAUCCUGGGUAAGAAGUUGGGAACUGGCAUUAUCACCAGUACCGAGGAGGGCAACGUUGUGGAAGUCAUCGAGGAGAAAACUAAGCUCAUGAUGGACGGUCCAGGUCUUUGCAACCCCACUGACAACACGGUGAUCUCAUCUCCGCGUCUCGACAGGCAGAUCACGGAGAAUGGAGGGCCAGACAGCUUCUUGCUCCAAGCAUGUAGCCCGUGCGACUCAGAUUUCCUGAAUUUCGAGAACCGUUUGAAGGACACGUCGCCGGCCGGCCAUUUUGAGCGAACCCAGAAGGAUUCCAGGGAUAGUUUCAGCUCUACCAGCGGUCUUCCCGAUCUCGAUUGAACGAAGAAAUCGGGAACAGUCCACUCUGUUCACACUUCUCCUUGGCUCUCCUCCGUUGAAAUUAUCCAAGCUCGACGAGUGGAAAGGAAAAAAGAAAAAAAGGGAAAAAAAAAAAAAAAAAGAAAAAAAGAAAUGUCGCCACGAGAUCUUUAAAUGGCUGUGAAGGAUGGAUGUGAUUAUUAUAAUUGAUAUGAAACUAGAAAAUUAACGUCUCGAUGUUGUUCGUUCGUCGAAUUCGUUCUCAGACACUCGCGAUCUAGUAGCGAACGGAUGUGCAUUUAUUUUUUUUUCGAUUUUUAUUUCAGGAUUUCCCUUAACCGAUCCUUAAAACUAGUUUCGAAUUCUUGUGAAUUUUAUUCCGAACGUCUUAUAUAAUGUUAGUUCCAGAGGGUUAUUCUCGGUAUAUAGUUUGCGCCCCGAUUUUUCUUCUGCUUCGUUUCACGGUGUUUUUUAGGUUGACUCGCGAAACGAGUAAAUUUUAGCACGAGAAAAUUUGCGAGGAAGACACCGGAAUGCUUUUAAUCGAUCGUAU